AUGGCUCGUAUACAAGACCUAAACGCUCAUGAACGCCCUCCAGAAGCAGUCCGACAACGUUACAAAAAAUACCAAAAAUCAACACUAUCUGAGAUCCAGCACGAUGAUACCGUCAUUGAUCUUCAGGUUUUGGACCCAAAUCACCUUCCAGCCGGAAUUUCUUUUGUUCAGUGGAUUUCCAGGGAUAGUCUCCAGCCAGUCUUUCAGUCAUUCGUGGCACCACGCAAGGAAACCCAAGAUGGACUGCUUACUACCAAAGAUAUUCCUAUCUACGCACAUCAAUCCGUUUCUGGUUUGCAAAUGAUUCCGGCACUGUUCCCUCCGGCUGUUCAAAUAGAGCUGUUGUCUCGUUUACUGCAUCGCGAUGUGUCUAACAAAGAACAUCGAACCAACCUCCAUCUGCAUUACAAUGUCACUUAUCCUGGCCAAGAGGGGAUAGAUGACGUCCAGCGUGAUGGGACAUCCUCGUCUUCGGCCAACAGUAGCUUAGUAGAUCCCAGAACAGUAUCAUUCUUUGAAGACGAUCCGACGCGCAUCAUAUACCCUAAAGACACCAAGAUCCACAAGUCACUGGCUGUGCAAGAUCUACUGAACAAAAAGCUUCGAUGGAUCACCCUGGGUGGUCAAUAUAACUGGACUACCAAAGAAUAUCCCCCAGAGCAUCCACCUGCGUUUCCAGAGGAUAUCGCAGAGCUCCUGCGAGCUGUAUUCCCAAAGACAGACGCCCAAGCAGCUAUUCUGAAUGUCUACUCCCCGGGAGAUACCUUGAGUGCUCAUCGCGACGUCAGUGAAGAAUGCGACGUGGGACUGAUCAGCAUCAGCUUUGGCUGCGAUGGCCUGUUCCUGGUCAGCCAUGAUGACGAUACGGGCUGUGAAGUCAUUCGGCUUCGGUCUGGAGAUGCCGUAUACAUGGACGGCACAUCUCGCUUCGCUUGGCAUGCAGUGCCAAAGAUCCUCCCUGGUACAUGUCCGGACUGGCUGGCCGAUUGGCCAACACUUUCCGGUGAUGCGACCUCGUCACGAUAUAGCACUUGGAAGGGAUGGAUGUCGCGGAAGAGGAUCAACUUGAAUGUCAGACAAAUGAGCUCUGAGCCUUAUACCUAA